AGGGGUCACCUUCAUAGGGACCACCAUCGGGAUGGCGCCCCUGGAGGGCAUGUGCAGCGCGGAGAACUCCGGUGGGGUGAGCAUGGACCACUCGGAGUUGCCCAUUGGCGCCGCCGCCACCAUGGCCCACGAGAUCGGCCACAAUUUCGGCAUAAGCCACGACGCGGACGGCUGCUGCGUGGAGGCCACGGCAUCCCAGGGGGGCUGCAUCAUGGCUCCGGAAUGCACCAAUCCUUGCUGUAACCCCCAGAAUUGCACGCUGAAAGCCGGAGCGGAGUGCGCCCACGGGGAAUGUUGUCAUUCCUGCAAGCUCAAGACAGCCGGGAUCCUGUGCCGACAGCCAGCUGGAUCGUGCGACCUCCCGGAAUAUUGCACGGGCGCCUCCCCCUACUGCCCUUCCAAUGUCUACUUGUUGGAUGGCUCAACGUGUUCUCAUGGAGGGGAGUAUUGUUACAACGGCAUGUGCAUGACGCACCACCAGCAGUGCGUCCAGCUGUGGGGACCAGGAGCUUGGCCAGCGCCCGACGCCUGCUUCCAGGAUGUCAACAGGGCUGGGGACAUGUACGGCAACUGUGGGAAAGACCGACAAGGCAACUAUGUGAAAUGUGCCAUGAGAGAUGCCAAGUGUGGGAAGAUCCAGUGUCAAAGCUCAGCUGCCAAGCCCAAGGGGACCAACACCAUCUCCAUGGACACCACCAUCCGGUUUAACGGGCAGGAGAUCAAGUGCCGAGGGACCUUAGUCUACGCCACCAAGGAUGACGAGGGAGACCUCUCCGACCCGGGGUUGGUGAUGACGGGCACCAAGUGUGGAGAUGGGUUGGUGUGCAAAGACCAGCGAUGUCAAAAUGCGUCCUUUUUCGAACAGGAUAAAUGCAUCUCCAAAUGUCACAGCCACGGGGUUUGUAACAGCAACCACAACUGUCAUUGUGAUGCUGGCUGGGCCCCUCCAUUCUGCGAGAAGCCAGGGCUGGGAGGCAGUGUCGAUAGCGGCCCUGUCCAGCAAGACCAUUAUGAAGCCAUCUUGAUCACUUUGCUGGUGAUCUUCUUGCUCUUGGUGCCCUCUCUGCUCCUGGGGCUCUACACCUGCUACAGACGAGAGAGUUCGCUCCUCAACAAGUGGGUCAAGGACUUAAGGAAGAGGCAGAAGACCGGCAGGAACGGAAUUGUUCGUCAGAAAACAACGCAAGGACACUCUAAUUCCGGCUUCACUUUGCAGGAUAUUUCCUCCACUAAUAAAAAAAAGUCCAGCACUACCAGCCAGGUAGCAAGAGGCAAUUCCUCGCUUAAGCCCAACCCUCCUCAAGGGGGCCCCCACCCCAUCAACGUGGUACGACCCUUACGGCCCAGCUGCGGCCCCUCGGCCCCCUUCCAGAGGGACCCCAAACCUUCCCGGCCUCCCCCACCGCCGUUCCAGGGAUCGCCCGCCAUGCCUCCGAAAGCUGGGUCUGGGGGUCCCGCCAAACUGCCCCCUCCGAAGAAGCCUCUUCCGAGCGCCCCCGUCCGACCCCCUCCGGUCAACCCACAGCAGAGACCACCUUACAGACCCCUCCCCAAGACUCUUCUGGCCAAAGACGUGGCCCCAGCUCCGAGUCCAGCCUUGCUGGUCAUGGUCCCCCCGACCAACGCCAAGCCAGCAGGCACCAGGGCCUUGAACCAUCUCUCCAGACCUCUCAAAAUGGCGCUGGGGUGGACCAAGCCCCCGUCGGACCCCGGAUCCCGUGAACUUUCGGGGACCCCUCCCUCUGGACCCGAGAGGGCGGGGCUAAACGCCCAGCCUAAUUCCCACGAUCUAGGAACACGUCCCAACACGGAGCAG